AUGGCUGAAGAGACACCUUUGAUCUUCCAAAAUGACGAAGACCUUAAUAGAGAACGCUUAAUUAAGGGAUCUGUUAGAAGAUUAAAGGAAGAAAGGCCUAAUUUAUUUGAUAAUUUUUUCAUCAAUUGGGAAGGCGCAUAUGAUAAAAACAUUACACACGAAAAUGAAGCAAAUUGGUAUCCUUCAAUCUGUUCACCCUAUAUUUUACUUGAUACAGAAGGCGUUAAAAAAUAUCUUGAGCUUAAUUAUCCACGAAAUGUACCUGCUGAAGAUAUUGAAACUUUAAUAUCCAAUGUAGAGUGCUUUGUUACGAAUGCUCAUGAUUAUUGGUAUUAUAUUAAACUAUUUUUGGAAUUUCGAUCCGAAGAAGUAGAAGAGAAUUUAAUAACUCCAUUUAAUGAAGAUAUCAUACACAUCACAGAUAUAUCUGUUGACGAACUAGAAGCCCUAUUUCAUACAUUUGCCUUACAACAAAAAUUUGACAUCGAAGAUCACGCCGAAUUUUACAAACAGCUCUUUCAUCGUAUGAAAUUUUUGUUAUCAACUGCAUGGCUUGACAGAUACCAUAACAAUUUAUUAAAGAAAACGAUAAAAUUAUUACCAAAACGAGAAUUAGCAAAAUUCGAAGAAGGAGAUGUAUCGUUCCUUACUAAGACACAAAAGAAAUUCAAACAAAGACUUUUAAUGCAAGAAAAUGGUCAAAAAAUGUUUAAUCAUUUUUCAAGAAGAUAUUUCGAUGCCAGACGUCAUAUACAGAGCGAACAUCCUACAAAAUUAAUGCCACAACUUUCCAUCGAAGGCAUGCAGUAUUGGGGUGAUGAAGAAGUCGAAUUUAAUGAUACAAUUCAAUUGAAGCUAAAAGUAAAGGACGGAUCAAUGGUAAUUCCUGAUUUUGAAGCCGUACAAUAUAUGGGAUACGAUUGGAACGUUCAUAAAAGACAGAAAUACGAUCCGGAUCAUCCUCCACCAAAAUCUAUUCGUGGGUACUGUUUCAGAAUCUAUUAUCCAGCUCUCGCUGACAAAGUUUGUAGUCCUCCACGUUAUAGAUUAUGUCCUGAGUAUUUAGAUCCAAAUGAACCAGUUCCAGAUCCGAAUUAUAGAUAUACUGCAAUUUUAUUUGAAGCUGAGAAGCCAUAUUUACCAAUUUGCUUCCGUAUUGUUGAUAAACAAUGGGAUGAAAGAAGAACAGGAGGAAUAAGAAGAUCUUUUAUUCAAGGAGUUUUUACAUUCCAAAUAACUUUUGUUGCUUCUCUUUACUACAAAGGAUAUAUUCCAGAACAAUUAUAUUAA